AUGCGUGACCUCCCCCGUCUCCGCCGCACUGCACACACACAUCCUGGAGAGUUCCCAGAAAAAAAAAUCCAGAGUCUCGCUCAAAAUUUGGGGGUUUUAGACAGAACAGAUCAGAGAGAGGAGAGGGAGAUGGCGGACUGGGGCCCGGUGAUCGUCGCGACGGUGCUGUUCGUGCUGCUGACGCCGGGGCUACUGUGCACGCUGCCGGGGCGCGGGCGGGUGGCGGAGUUCGGCAGCAUGCACACCAGCGGCCUCUCCAUCCUCAUCCACGCCGUCCUCUACUUCGCGCUCGUCACCAUCUUCCUCAUCGCCGUCGGCGUCCACGUCUACACCGGCUAG